AUGCAGAAUAGAACGCUGGUUACAGAGUUCAUUCUCCUUGGUGUGUCAGAUGCCCAUGAGCUUUAUGGCUUCCUCUUCGGCCUCUUUCUUGUCAUGUACAUAGCUGACAUCUCUGGAAAUUUGGCAGUGGCCAUGAUUACACUCUGGGACCCACAUCUCCAGACACCCAUGUAUUUCUUCAUUGGCAACCUCUCUUUCAUUGAUGUCUUCUACUCCUCCACAACAGUACCCAAGAUGUUCAUGGGGCUAAUCUCCCAUAGCAAUCACAUCCCUUACAGAGGAUGCAUUUCCCAGAUGUUCUUUUUCCACUUCCUUGGUAGUACUGAAGCUAUGCUGUUGGCCGUCAUGGGUUACGAUUGCUAUCUGGCUGUAUGCCGUCCACUCCACUACCCUAUAUUCAUGAGCCGCCGGUUACGAUUGACCUUGGCUGCCUCAGUGUGGACAGCUGGCUUUUUCCACUCACUGCUCCAUGCUCUCAUGAUCUCCCGUCUCUCCUUCUGUCCUGAGAACCGGGUGGAACACUUCUUCUGCGACAUAGCUCCACUCCUGGCCCUCUCCUGCUCCGACACCCAGAUCAACCAGGCUCUGUUAGCUGGAGUCACUGGCUCCAUUAUCUUGGGCUGCUUCUCCUUCACUCUGGCAUCCUACGGAUUCAUCUUACGAGCCGUGGUGGCCAUGCGCUCAGCAGAAGGCCUCCGCCGUGCCUUCCGUACCUGUGGGGCUCACCUCACUGUGGUGGCCCUCCAUUAUGGCUGUGCCGGGGCCAUGUAUCUGCGCCCUCACUCAGAGAGUUCUCUGCCAACGGACCGGGCUGUGACAGUACUUUGUACAGCAGUCACACCUGUCCUCAACCCCCUGAUCUACACUCCACGCAACAAAGAGGUCAAGGCUGCCCUGAGACGGGCUUUUUCACGGAAAGUGUGCACCUGA